AUGAUGCACGCGAAAGCUCGCGCUCUGGUCCGCCCGAUCUUCUGCCUCAAAAGCGGUUGCUCAAGCUUCGUAAGGAGAUCGCCCCAGCUCGUCGCUUGCUCGUCGCUUGCGAGGUCUUUCCAUCAAACGCGACUGAAGCUUGCCGAUGUCGACAACAUGCAUGAGUACACGGGGAUAAGCUUGGAGGAUUGGCAGGAUUACAGGAACCAGGCAGCUAUGCAGAUCGGCACAGAAGAGAAGAAACGUUGGCCGCUGCAUGAGAAGAUCAAGGCUGCGGGUCCAGCGUAUGUCAACGUGGCGAAGAAGGUGAGAAGCUCGUUACGUGAGAUCGAUAGAGUGCUGGACGUGUUUGAGCCGGGUCAGCUCGCCAUCUCCUUCAACGGCAGUCAGGACUGCAGUGUCGUGCUGCACCUGGUCAUGGAGGCUUGCCGGCAUCAUCGCUCCCACAGCUUCACGCACGUGCAGCCCAUCUGGUUCAAAGACCCCGAGCAUGAGUUCCCCGAGAUCGUCGAGUACGUGAGCACAACGGCAGAGAAGUACUUCACCUAUCAGGACAUGCUCAAGUCCGCCGUCGACGAGAACCUCAACCGUCUCUGGACGAUUCACGUCAGCGAGCCCAAGGACUUCAUCGACGGGCUGAUCUACCUGGCUCAGUCUACGGGCAUUCGGUGUGUGAUCAUGGGGAGCAGGAGAACGGAUCCGGGAUGCAGAGACCUUUCGGACCUCGCCCUCAUGGACCUCGCUCCCAUCUUUCUCAGCUCCUCCUUGUCGAGGAUCGAGCUCGAGACCAAGAUCAACAUGCUCCGGGUCGAAGGAGACCCGGGUUUGCCCGGAACGCUCACGAGCAAGAUCAAAGAGCCUUCGCUGUUGAGAUUCUCUCCUUCCCUCGAAUGGUCUUUCCGAGAUGUCUGGGACUUUAUCCGUGCCGCUGAGAUCCCCUACUGCACGUUGUACGAUCAAGGCUACUCCUCCAUCGGCACCAUGGUCGAUACUCUUCGCAAUCCUGCGCUCCUGCGGAGGGAGCAAGUGCAGGUUGAGUCGUCCGUUGCCUUGAAGAAAAAGUUGGACGAGAUCCAUGAGAGGAUGCGGAGGAAUCUCGGCAAGGAGAGGUUCGAAGCGCUGGACAAGCUCAAGCUGAAGGAUCAAGGUGUCGCCAUCUAUGACUCGAUGUACGACGAGCUCGAGGACAGGGAGCGCAGCAUCACCUCUCAGCUGAUCUCCCGCACCAUGAUGCAGAACCGAGAGCAGGACGGGGGAGCGGAAGAUCUGGAUGAGAACGAGAUGGGAGGCCUCGCUAAUCAGUACCUCUUGGCCUUGUCGAAGCAGGCGGAGGACGUGGACGAGGAAGCGGCCGAGGAUGCGAAGCCUGAGGAAAACAUCGCGAGCGCGCCGAGCGAGAAAGGAAUUGUUGAGGAUCAGGACGAUCCAACGACGAUGUACCUCCCGGCGUGGAAGCUCAAGGACGAGAGCAGGGAAGUGAUCUCGCGCGUGCACGACCAGGAGCAGGGCAUCAUGGGGACUGCAGCGAUCCUGGUGAUUGGGGACGAGUUUAUCUCCGCUGAGGUGCGGGAGAGCAACUCGCACUUCAUCAGCAGCAACCUGCGCAAGAUCGGAGUGGCGGUGAAGCAGGUGAUGAUCAUCGAGAGCGACAUCGACAUCGUCGCCUUCAUGCUGCGUCGCCUCAGCCCAGUCUACCAGUACAUCUUCGUCGUCGGAGGGAUGGGCCCCCGCCACACAGACCUCACUCUCCUCGCCGUGGCCAAGUCCUUCGGGACAGGCGUGCAGGAGCAUCCAGAUCUUCUUUCAAUGAUCGAAGCUGGAAUCCCAGCGGAAAAGUUUGCGCAGGUGUUCAGCGAGUAUCACUGGAGGAUGGCUUUCAUCCCCUUCGGAGCUGAGCUACUCGUCUCCAAGUACUGGCCCGUCGUGAAGAAGAACAACGUCUACAUCCUCCCCUCCAAGCCCUCCCUGCUCACCGAGAAGUUCCUGUCCAUCCUCCCCCAGCUCAAGAGCUCUCCGCUCUUCCUCACCACCAUCAUCUUCCGAGUCGACAAGUCUGUGAUCGCUGAGAACAUUGCUAACGCUGUGUCGAAGCAUGAGACGGUCAAUGCCAACUCCUUCACCAGGACUAUGGAUGACGGCACUGUCCGCACGAUCGUCUACCUCGAGGAGCAGGAGCAGGAGGAGGAGCAGCACCAGCAGGAGGAUGAAGAUGAGAGCUCCAGUUGA